ACAGUUAAACGAUUUUUUUGUGUAAGAUUUUGAAAACAUGUAUUACCGAAUUUGGAAGGGAGAAACGACUGAUGGACUUAUUGUCCAGAUAGAGUAAGAGGGCAGUCACUGUGGAGAUGUACAACAUAAAAAAACAUCUUCUUUCUUUUAUUCUGUAAACUUCGACUGAUUCAGAUUUACUAAUAUAGGCGUGAUGACAUGAUCUCAUCGAUUACAAAUUGAACAAGGCAAAUAAUAAUAACUGAUAAAACUACGUAUAAUAUCUAAUCAAAUAAGAAAUAUAUGAAGUCUAUUUUAAAUUUACAAAACAACUACUUGCAAUUUUCAUUCUUGCUCGCGCAAUGACAGACAACAGUUUCCCUUUCGACAUUCGUCCUGUGGAUGGGACUGAAAAUGAUAAUUUGCAGAAAUAUUUCCAAGGGUUCAAAUAUAUUAGAGUUGGACCAAAGAAUUAUUUUCUGAUAAAUGGGUACACGGAGGGAGCCGCAUAUAUUUACAACAUGCCUCUUAGACCUGAUGAUGUUUUCGUCGCCAGCUUUCCUCGGUCAGGGACAACGUGGACGCAAGAACUAGUGUGGCUGUUGGCGAACAAUUUAGAUUAUUCCACAGCAGCAAAUGUUUCACUUCAGAAACGAUACUUCUUUUUGGAGCAAUCGUUGUUUAUGACGGAGGAAAUAAAAGAAAAAAUCUUAAAGGAUAAUACUAACACUGAAAAGAAUCCUUUAGACGAUUAUAACAUACCUCGUGCUGAAGAGACAGCAAAAUUGCCGUCUCCGCGCUUCCUAAAGACACACUUGCCUAUGUCACUGCUACCCCCGAAUUUGCUCGACACUACCAAAGUUGUGUACGUGGCACGAGACCCACGAGACGUUGCCGUAUCGUAUUAUCAUCUCAGCAAGUUAUUCAAGGUGUCUGAAUAUUUGGGAGAUUUCAAGAGUUACUGGGGAUUUUUCAUUAAAGACAUGGUGAAUUGGGCACCGUUCUUUGAGCAUCUGAAAGAGGCAUGGCAACUACGCAAUCAUCCUAACAUGUUAUUUUUAUUCUACGAAGAGUUAUCCAAGGACCUCCCAACAACUGUACAACGAGUCGCAGAUUUCUUAGGGAAGCAAAUAACGAAGGAUCAAUUGGCAGAGCUCUGUUCGCAUCUCAGCAUUGAUAAUUUUAAAAAGAAUUCAUCAGUCAACUACAAUGAAGCUAAAAACUCCGGUAUACUGACGGCAAAUGAAUCAUUUAUAAGAAAAGGUAAAUCUGGAGGUUGGCGGGACUCAUUCGACGAGGAAAUGACGCGGGAAGCGGAUAUUUGGAUUGCUAAGAACUUAGAAGAUACAGAUUUACGAUUUCCGUCGAUGUUGUGAUUAUUAACCAGACUUGUGAUGAUAAAAUAUUAUUAAUAAUGCACAAAAAGUUUGAUCUCUGUUGAACUAAAUAUAUU